CUGGGGCAGGCGCAGACUGAGGUGUGACGGGGACACGGAGCCUCCAUCUCAAACUUUCUCAUGAUCAUCUUGCAGCUUCCCUGAGAAGAAGACUUUCUGCUGUGGCGGUGCAGGUGAUUGCAAUGCGCGUGGUUCUGGAGGUUUGGCUCGCGGUGCUGACCGCGUCUGCUCUGACCCGGCGGGUGUUCGGGGGCCACGGGCUGAGCAUGUUCGCCGCCCAGUCGUCCCCCCCAGACCCCUGCUACGAUGAGAACGGGAACCCGCGGAGGUGCAUCCCGGACUUCGUCAACUCAGCCUUCGGGAAGGACGUGCGCGUGUCCAGCACCUGCGGAACCCCCGCGACCCGCUACUGCGUGCUGUCGGAGAAGGGCGAGGAGCGGACGCGGGACUGUCACUCGUGCGACUCCGCUGACCCCAAAAAAGCGCACCCGCCCGCGUACCUGACCGACCUCAACAACCCGCACAACCUCACCUGCUGGCAGUCCGAGAGCUACCUCCAGCACCCGCAGAACCUCACGCUCACCCUGUCGCUGGGGAAGAAGUUCGAGGUCACGUACGUGAGCCUGCAGUUCUGCUCCCCGCGACCCGAGUCCAUGGCCAUCUACAAGUCCAUGGACUACGGCAAGUCCUGGGUCCCCUUCCAGUUCUACUCCACGCAGUGCAAGAAGAUGUACAACCGGCAGAACAAGGCGGCGAUCACCAAGCAGAACGAGCAGGAGGCGGUGUGCACCGACUCCCACACCGACAUGCGUCCGCUCAGCGGGGGGCUCAUCGCUUUCAGCACCCUGGACGGGCGACCCUCCGCGCACGACUUCGACAACUCCCCGGUGCUGCAGGACUGGGUCACCGCCACGGACAUCAAGGUGAUCUUCAGCCGGCUCCACACCUUCGGGGACGAGAACGAGGACGACUCGGAGCUGGCCCGGGACUCCUACUUCUACGCGGUGUCCGACCUGCAGGUGGGCGGCCGCUGCAAGUGCAACGGACACGCGUCCAAGUGCGUCAAGGACCGCGAGGGCAACCUGGUGUGCGAGUGCAAGCACAACACCGCAGGACCGGAGUGCGACCGCUGCAAGCCCUUCCACUACGACCGUCCGUGGCAGCGAGCCACGGCCAGAGAGGCCAACGAGUGCGUGGCCUGCCACUGCAACCUCCACGCUCGCCGCUGCCGCUUCAACAUGGAGCUCUACAAACUGUCCGGCAGGAGGAGCGGCGGCGUCUGCCUCAACUGUCGGCACAACACCGCGGGGCGCCACUGCCACUACUGCAAAGAAGGCUACUACCGAGACAUGACCAAGUCCAUCUCACAUCGGAGAGCAUGCAAAGCGUGCGACUGCCAUCCAGUCGGAGCAGCAGGGAAGACAUGUAACCAGACGACAGGCCAGUGUCCCUGCAAGGAUGGAGUGACGGGAAUCACCUGCAACCGUUGCGCUAAAGGAUACCAGCAGAGCCGCUCCCCCAUCGCCCCCUGCAUCAAGAUCCCAGUGGCUUCGCCCACGUCCACGUACAGCAGCUACGAGGAGCCAUCAGACUGUGAAUCCCACUGUAAGGCUUCAAAGGGAAAGAUGAAGAUCACCAUGAAGAAGUAUUGCAAGAAAGACUACGCGGUCCAGGUCCACGUUCUGAAGGGCGACAAGGCGGGCGAGUGGUGGAAGUUCACCGUCAACAUCAUCUCCGUCUACAAGCAGGGUGAGAACCGAAUCCGCCGCGGCGACCAGCUGCUGUGGGUCCGGGCCAAGGACGUGGCCUGCAAAUGUCCCAAAAUCAAGCCGGGGAAGAAGUACCUGCUGCUGGGAACAGACGACGACUCUCCGGGGCAAAGCGGCGUCGUGGCCGACAAGGGAAGCCUGCUGAUCCCCUGGAAGGAUCUGUGGGGCCGACGCCUCCGGAAGUUCCAGCAGCGCGACAAGAGAGGCAAGUGCUAAAAGAGAAGCGGCGGUGAAGUGACGCCCUCACCGGGAUGCAAACAGAGUAUAAACUGGAUGAAUGAGGUCGGAGGACUUGGGAGGAGGAAUGACUGCUGCUCAAUGGAGAGAUUAGGGUUUUGAUUUUUUAGGGAACAUUCCUGAAGGAAGCUCAUUCAACAGUGAUUCUCUUUGAUCUUGUGCUAUUGCGGAGUUUGCACCGAAGAUUCCACACCAUGUUUCUGCCAACAUUUGAACAUGUUUCUCCAUCCUGAGCCAGCAGGAGGGAGAAGAGCCCUGGAAACAGAACAAACCUGUGUGAAAUGGUUUUAUUUCCUCACUGUUUAGGAACGAUGUCUCCUGAUCUGAAUCCACUCGGAGAAACACUUCACUAACAACUAACUCGCUGAAUAUAAUAUUGGCCGGGUCUUUGUAUGACGUGUACGUUUACAGGGAAUAGCCAAUAAAUGAUCAUUCAUGAGGAAAACAACAGCCCCAACUACUUUUCUCCAAACAAAGCUCCAACAUUUGACAUGAAUUAUUAUUCUAUUAUACAUGAGCAGUCAAGGAAAUGUGUGUGUGAAACCUCCAUUUUCACACGAUGCCCGUGUUUAAUUCAAGGCUGUGUAUUGAGAAGUAUAUCUCGGUUCAGAUUGUUAUCUUUGAGUCAGUCAUGAAUGUCCCACUUUCAGAGAUCAGUAAACUAUUAUGUCACACCUUGUUUUAUGAAAGAGAAAACACAAAAAAGGAUCCCAAAUACGAGCUCAGCAUUCAUUAAGUGUGAGCGUAAACUAUAUAUAUUCACAGUAGAUACAUCAACUAGAUGUAAAAUAGUCGAGCUGUGCACUUAUUUGACCAAUGAUAGUUUGGAACAUAUGAGAUAUGUUCAUUUCAAGUGCAGACACUUCAUUGUCGACAUUGACGUGUGAACAAAUCUAUUAAGCUCCCAAAAAUAUUAGCCGCAAAGUGUUCUUUGAUGUUACAUUUUUCAAGUAUAUCUACUUUGAUAUAUAUUUUUAAAAUGUGUUCUUUUCAUCCUGAAUUACUUUAUAUCUGUAAUUUUGAUUCUUACUUUUCAUGUGGUGGAUUUUUGGGGUGAGAGCCGUGGACACACAUUUUACAUUGAGUCGAGAAACAACCUAUGGCCUCAGUGCGAACCUGGGUCUUUCCUGUGUGGAGUCCUAGCAUACAGAUGUUGACAGACGGCUUGUGCUUGUGAUUAGGUGCGCCUUUGUGUGCGAGUGGGAGGGGCUGGAGACCUGUCCAGGGUGUCCCUUCCCUGCUGGCUCCACGGGAAAUGCACAACUAAAUGAAGAAACACGAGUGAAAACUGUUAUUGGCCUGUAUUUCCCUUUUGUUCCCACUCAGAGCUAACAAAAGCAAUGUAUUAGCAACUUGGCAUGAGGUUGAAACACUUGGGCUGACCUCUGACCUCAGCAGCUUGGUGGUCGUAAUGCUAUGAUUUUUGAUCAACUUGAGUUGCCUUCUCAAGUGUUCGCAGGUUGGAUUCCGAAAGUGACCUAUCAUGACACUGAAGUAUUCCCACGAGCGACUUCCUGCAGCGUGACCCUGUGGACUGAUGAUGCCACCGCUUGUGUACAGAACUUUUUCAUCGUGGUACUGUUACUAGUCAAGUAUUAUUAACUCUUUAACCAGAAUGUAGAGCUCUAUGAAUCCAUGAAUGUUUACGCACAAUAACACGUGACUGAGGUCACCACACCUCUGUGCAUUUUUACUGUAAAGCCGCUCAUUUGCUUCCCACCCCAGCAGCAGACGUCUCUAUCUCCGAUUGUUGAUCUGUGUUCUUGUCGACCUGUGUAAUACUAAUAUAUGAUGUUUAUCACAAAGGAAUAUAUUUAAUGGCGCAGGAAAUCAAACGUGGCUUUUUGUGUUUUGAUUUUUUUUGUUUCUUUUGUUGUGUUUUACUUUUGUAUUGAAGUGUAGACGGCUGUGGUGAAAAGUAUCGCUGAGUGUUUUAUUGAUCAGCCGGAUAGAAACAAUGAUUAAUUCUCCUGAAAUAAAUAAAGACUUC